AUGGCCUUGAAUAAUACUGUUAAUCAUCAUGGAGUUGAAGCUUCUCAAACUUUUCCUGGGAACCUUACUCAAAAUUACCAACCAUAUCGAACUGGUUAUCAUUUCCAACCUUCAAACAAUUGGAUGAAUGAUCCUAAUGGGCCUAUGAUUUACAAUGGAAUAUACCAUCUAUUCUAUCAAUGGAGAACUCUUACUGGUUUAGUUUGGAGUAAAAAAGUAUGGGCUCAUGCGACAUCCACCGAUCUCGUAAACUGGAUUCACCAUAAACAUGCGAUUGUCUCAUCGGAACCAUUUGAUAUCGAAAGUGUUUGGUCAGGUUCAACAACAUUUGUACAAGGAAAGCCGAUUAUUCAGUACACAGGAAUCAUUAAAACUGUUCCAUGGAAAUACCAAGUUCAGAAUAUGGCAGUGCCUAAGGACUUAUCUGAUCCUUACCUUAUAGAAUGGAUUAAACCAGUGGAACACAAUCCUGUUAUUAAGCCCACUGAUGACAUAAAUUCUAAUGCAUUUAGGGAUCCUACUACUGGUUGGCAAGGUCCUGAUGGGAUCUGGAGAAUUACAAUAGGAAGCAAAGUAGGGAACGAUGGAGUAGCGUUUUUAUAUCGAAGUGCUGAUUUUAUUCAUUGGAUUAAAGCAGAACAACCUCUUCAUUCGGCCAAGGAAUCUGGAAUGUGGGAGUGCCCGGAUUUCUUUCCAGUAGCAAUUGAAGGAAAAGAGGGUGUGGAUACUUCAGUUCUUUGUCCUAGUGUUAAACAUGUGUUCAAGGUGAGCUUUACCAGUCAUGAAUACUAUACUAUUGGAUCUUACAACCCUGAAACAGAUACAUAUACUCCUGAUGAAGGAUCCAUCGAUAAUGAUUCUGGUUUGAGGUUUGAUUAUGGGAAGUUUUACGCUUCAAAAACAUUCUUCGAUAAUGAAAAGAACAGGAGAGUAUUGUGGGGUUGGGUAAAUGAAUCUAGUAGUGUAGCAGAUGAUGUGAAGAAAGGUUGGUCCGGACUACAGGCACUUCCUCGAACUCUGUGGCUCUCGGAAAAUAGCAAGCAAUUGAAGCAAUGGCCUGUUGAAGAGAUAAAACAACUUCGCACGGAACGAGUUUCUUUACCUAGCCAAGUUCUUGCAGGGGGGUCAGUAAUGGAAGUUCCUGGUGUCACAGCUUCCCAGGCAGAUGUAGAUGUGAUAUUUGAACUUCCAAAGUUGGAAGAUUGUGAUAUAAUGGACCCUAAUUGGGUCGCUAAACCGCAACUACUUUGUAGUUUAGAACGAGCAUCAGUACCAGGGAAAUCAGGCCCAUUUGGUUUGUUGGCUUCGGCUUCUAAAAACUUUGAAGAACAGACAGCCAUUUUCUUUAGGGUAUUCAAUCACCAGAACAACUACGUUGUGUUCAUGUGCAGUGAUCAGAGCCGGUCUUCUCUGGAACAAAGCAACGACAAAACUACUUAUGGAGCUUUUAUUGAUUUUGACCCAAAGCAUGAUAAGCUAUCCCUCAGGAGCUUGAUUGAUCACUCAGCAGUGCAGAGCUUUGGCGUUGAAGGAAAAGCUGUUAUAACAGCUAGAGUAUAUCCAAAAUUGGCUGUUGAUAAUGAAGCUCUGCUUUAUGUAUUCAAUAAUGGAACCGAAAAUUUGAAGAUGUCAAGUCUCGAGGCUUGGAGUAUGAAGAAAGCUGAAAUCAAGUAUCUUGAAGAUUUGAAAAUUUCUAAAAGUCAAGUCCAACGCCGGAUUUCAGUGUUUGAGUUAUUGGACGACCAACGGAAGGGAGGGAGUCCUUUUACGUUUACUAUGGGGGCUAUAAUGUAG